UUGUGGAAGUAUGCAAUUUUUUUCAGCUUCACCUACUUGAAGUGUGGUGUGACCGGUGACGCUUCUGCUUCCAAUAUCAUCCUCGUUACCGCUGCUGCCGCUGCCGUUGCCGUCAACGCCACGCCCUCCUUGACAGUGCGAUGCCAGCACGCCAUGGACGUCGGUCUGAACAUCAUCGUACUAAUCGUUCUCUAUUCAACACUAGCUGUUACUGGCCUAUUGGGCAAUAUUUGGGUACUAAUUACCGUCUCAUCACAAUUACUCGGUUGUUGCAGUUCAUCAACUCAACGAGGACGAGUUGUCAAACCAAAUACCCAAUCAUCAGCUUACAUCUAUUUACUACUGUUAUCCGUGGUGGACCUGAUAUCGCUGAUCCCAGUACCAAUGCUUGUAGCUGAUCUACAAGAGAACGAAUUCAUAUUUGGAAUAGCACUUUGCAAAUUGUUAUGGUUCAGUGAAGGCACGAAUAAGACGCUGUCCCCGAUGAUUCUGACAGCUUUGUCGAUCGAUCGUUACAUAGCUGUUUGUAAACCGGCGUUGAUUUGGAUGCGCCAGACGAAAUUUGCCAUAUUCGUCGUAUCGCUGUGUAUCAUGGCCUCACUACUGUUUAUCACUCCAAUCACCGCCCACGCAAAAAUCGCUGACAUGGAGGAUUUCAACGGUAUGGUCUACCGAAAAUGUACAUUGGACGAGAAUUUCUGGUUUGAUCUUGUCCACACACUCACCUGCUACGUAGUACCAUUGGUACUGAUCUUCUCUGUGUAUAUUGUUAUUCUGGCGAAAUUAUUCCGUCAUACUCGCUAUUCAACUGUUGGGCGUAAAACCAGUAUCUCACUUUCACGAGUAGUCAAAUGCUCUGUGAUGGUCGUGGCGUUCUACUUCAUCUGUUGGACACCUUACUGGACGAUGCGAAUUCAAGCCUUAGCUCAUGAAGCCGAGAAGAAUGUUGGUGUCACGUUCGAGAACAAUGAAACGAUGAGUGAAGAGUUUGAUGAAAUCAUAGCCGAUGAAGCAGCUACUCCAGUAAAUGGCAUCUUCAUCAUGUAUUUGAUGCAUUCACUGCCAUAUGCACAGAGCGCAUUUAACUGGUUAUUCUAUGCGUUCUUGAAUCGAAAUCUACGCAAUUCAUCUGGUCGCUAUCAUAAUGGCGUACGAUCGGUACCAAUGACAAGUACGAUCAUCGAGAACGGACCCAGUUCUGCCAGUGGAUUGACACCAUUGUGGAAGAAUCUGCAGCAUGUUGGCAGCCAGCUGAAAACUGCUAGUAUCGAUACUGGUAACGCGCUGUUGAGGAUGUCACCGUUUCGAACACGAUCGCGGAUACAGUCAAGAAGUUCAACCUGUUUGGAUUCGACAUAUCUGGACCGUUUGGUACCACCGUCGUCCCUAAUGACGUCAUCCUUGUUAGAUCUACAGCGGCGACCGUCAACGCUUAUUCCGCGCCAGGAACCGUCCUUAGUCGGAAAAGCGCUAUCGUUCUCCGAUUUACCACAUUCGAAUCUGAUCGAAAGACCCAGUGAACCCACACCGUCGGGAAUCUCUAACGAUCCACGAUGUAAGGACGUGACGGUGGUUGCCUUCAUCAUCUACCCGGCUGCGGCUAACUCCUUCAAUGUGGAUUCACUUCCGAGGACAAGCCGUAUCGGUAAAGUGCCAGAUCCGGAAGAUUUACUCCUGCCAGCCGAGAAAGUUCAACUUAAACGCUGUAUUCUGGCGGCGAAGGUAAAAUCCUCAUUUCUUAUUCGACUUUUCUCACACUUAGCACACCUCCUUCAACGUUCUUCUUGA